CACGGCCGCCAUCACCCGGAGCAUCCCCACCGCGAACGCCUCAGCCUCAACGGCCGCCGCCAACCGCCACGGCGCUGACGUCACCGCCAGGCGCCGGAGGAGGCCCCGCCCCCCCCGUCGCUCUCUCCUGCCCUGGCUGCGCGUGCGGAGCUGGGCCGCCUGCCCGUAGCUGCUGGCUUGUGGGAUUAUCAUAUUGAUAAGGGCUGCAGUGAUCCAGGUGCUCCCACUGUUCUUGAUGCAGCUCACCAAAUAGAUGAAAAUGUCAGAUGAUGAUGUUCAUAUGGAAGAUUAUCCCACUGAAAUCCAUGAUUAUCUUGUGGCAUUUGAAAAAUCACUUGGUUCUGUAGAUGAAAUGCUGAAGACAAUGAUGUCGGUUUCCAGGAAUGAGCUUCUCCAAAAGUUAGAGCCUCUUGAGCAAGCAAAGCUGGAUUUGGUUUCAGUGUACACACUGAAUUCAAUGUUCUGGGUAUAUUUGGCUACUCAGGGAAUCAAUCCAAAGGAACAUCCAGUGAAACAAGAACUGGAAAGAAUAAGAACAUACAUGAAUAAGGUGAAAGAAAUAGCAGACAAGAAAAAGGCAUCCAAACUUGAUAAAGGAGCUGCUUCUAGAUUUGUAAGAAAUGCACUCUGGGAACCAAAUGCUGAAAAUGAACAUACCACCAAAAAAGGAAAAAAGAGAAAGAUGGACUGAAUUUCCCUUUGCACUUAUAUAAAAUAGAGACACCUGUAACUUCUUUCAGAAUUUGUUUUGUAUACUGUAUGCAUCUUGUAGAGGUGCUGUAUAGCAACAUCUUCAUUAAGUUACACUUGAGAGUUUUACAAGAUCAUAUAUUGUCCAGAACACUUGUCACGAAGUCACAUUCUUUGUGUAUCUGAAAGUGCCAUUUGAUGCCAGAGAAGUAAUAUUUUAUUAGUCAAAAAACAAUGAGCUGAUAUACACUUGCUGGUAAUAGAUAUUAGUAAUGUUCUGCUUACAAUGCCUAGUAAUUCCUUUUUUAUUUUUUUGUUUGUUUUAUUUACUGCUGAAUAAUUGACACAUUUUUAUAUAUACUUAAUCUCCUGAAUAUUAAAGAAUCUUGAAAAAUGC